AUGGCUUCACCUACAAAGAUACGUUUGGGCCGCUGCUCUGUCGACAUGUCAGGCCAUGGAAAAUGUCCCUGCAAGUCAGGGUUGUGUCCUUUACUCAAACCAUCCACUGACUAUCUUUGCGAUGGCUGUUUUCAUUCAACUUCCAACCAUGAAUACAGUUCUCCCCUGACUGACCUCCGUGUUGCCCUUGACAUAACACCACACAUUGAAAUUAUUGCAAAACUUGUUAAACUCUCGGAGUACAAUGUCGUACAUGAUAGAAGCACCACUGCUUCCGGAAAGAGUUGGCUGGCGCAUCUCCUAGAAUGUUAUUACUGGAGACGUGGAGAGCCCAUGGUGUCCCUUUUCAUCUGGCCAGACACCUCGAAUUCACUCGAGUAUCUGACCGAGCAGUGCAGAAAAGCCGGGCGUAUUGUUGUGACUGCCGGUAACGUUUGCGAUUCAGACAUCGUCUUCGUACUUGAUGAAGCCCAGUGCUCGUACACUGACUCGGCAUUCUGGCUCGGUUUUAUCAAGACACAAAGUCGCCUUCGUCGCGGAGCAAAAAUGUGUCUCUUUGUAUCCUUUGGAAGCUCACUAACAGGGCCUACGCAAUAUCUAAAGGGGUCUUUUCCUACAUACUUUAGUUCAGAGCAGCGGGUUUCCCUAAUAGUAUCUAGCGUACCCGGCACUCCUGAUGUUUGA